UGGCGAGAGGGAGAAAUGAUAAAACGGAUUCCUGGGACAUUAGCCGUUUUUGUUCAGUAGUCAUUUCGACAGCCACAAGAAUGUAUCUCUUUAAAUCAGGAAUUUUGCUAUUCAUGGUCGGCCUUUCUGUCGCAGAUAUUGCUUUUGAAUUCAAAAAAGCUGAAAUCGUUCCUGAUGUUAUAACCAAAGCUCCCACUGAAGAAGUUGAGGUAGAAUAUGGAAAUAAAGAGGUCAAGUUUGGUGAAGAAUGGACACCAACACAGGUGAAAAAUGCACCGGAAAUUGAUUACGAGGACGAUGAAAACGCCUUUUAUACUUUGAUGAUGACAGAUCCCGAUGCACCGAGUCGUACGAAUCCCACAUAUCGUGAAUUUUUACAUUGGUUGGUCGGAAAUAUUCCUGGAGAUCAUAUUUCCAAAGGUAAAAUUUUGGCCCCUUAUGUUGGCUCUGGCCCCCCGAAAGGAUCUGGACUUCACAGAUACGUCUUUUUGGUUUACAAGCAGCCUGGACAAAUUAAUUUUGAGGAAUUUCAGUUAACUUCUAAUGGAAAAGAAGGUCGUCGAAAAUUCUCGGCCAAGAAUUUUUCAGAAAAGUACCAAUUGGGUGAUCCAAUUGCCGGGAAUAUGUUCCAGGCCCAAUGGGAUGAGUCCGUCCCCCAGUAAAAAGGAGCGUUUUUCACAUGUUUUUAUUCUUUUAUUUGGCUGAUAUAAUAUUAAUAGUCAUGCUUUAAAAUGUAUAUCCAUGUAAAAGUAAAGGUGGUUAAAAAAAGAGUUAUUUUUUAAAUUGCAAUUAAAAUAAAAUAAGCAAUUUUUGAAAAAUGGACUUGAAAAAUAUUUUUUAAAUUUUAAUGAAAUUCAGGGGAAAUAUUGGAACCAAAAGAAACAAUUUGUAUUGAAGCUAUUUUACAAAAAGAAUAAUUAAAUAAAUUAAAUCUUUUUUGGACCACUCU